AUGGGUCGGAGCUGCGCUCUCUUUCGCUGCGAUUAAAGACUCCUGCAGAAUCAAGUCAAAUACGAUUGCACGGGAAAGGAAACACCCGUAACGCGACCUCCAAGAUCCACCCUGCCGAACGAGGUCGGUUGACUUGCUCAUAAUGGACCGCUCUCCAGGCUUUAAGCGCUUUCUCUGACUGCUCUCUGGCUGGUUCCCCCACCUCACCCGAACAUCUCCGGAAGGUUUUCCUCUCAGCGGCGCCGCGACGAUUUGGGAAGAGGCUCCUUCUGUCACACCGGUGACACUCCACCUCAACAUGUGCUAUGCUAACGUGUGAGAAGCCCAGCAAGGAUGGCAACCGCUCAGAGCAGCAGACACAUUAAGUCUCUCCUACCAUCUCCUCCAAGGAUGCACGUGCUCCAGGUGGACUCAGUGCAGCGCUGGAUGGAGGAUCUGCGUCACAUGACUGAGGUGGAGUGCAUGUGCAUCCUGCAGUCGAAGCCCAUCAGCGUGGAUGAGGAGGCAGCGGGUGAGCUCAUUGUAGGCAACGAGCGAGUGCCGAGGGAUGGUCUGCAGACGCUCCUCAAGCGCGCCUUUGCUGUCAGCGCUGAGCUGGGAAAGGUUUUCCACCGGCUGGAGAAAGGCCGCUGGUCACGUGUGCACAGCACGGCAACCCGAGCCAACGGCCACGUGCGCACCCUUGUGCACGAGUACUCGUCUACCCGUAGCUCCCCAGCUGAGAUGCAAAAGUAUGAGAAGACCCUCCUGGACAAAUGCCUGGAGCUCACCACCAUCACAGAGAGGUGUGUACACACUGAGGAUGAGAACCUCCUGAAGUCAAUGAGGGAAGAAAUCCAGGAAAUAUUGACUGACAUCAGUGACUCGUUCAGCCAGAUGAUUGACAUGGCUCUGGCCAAUGAAAUUCAGAUCCUAAUUCGACAAAUCGAAACGUCGGAUAACGUGUACACCAUAGGGGGUGCCAUCAGCAGCCUGCUCUCACUCACACAAGAUGGGCCGCAGCUAUGCCGCAUUAUUGCCAAGGAGGGGGCGGUAGUGGCGCUCUUCAAGAUCUGCCGCCAGGACUGUUUCAGCUGCCUGUACGCUCAUGCCCUGAGAACCGUGGCCUCCAUCUGCUGUGUGGAGGAAGGCAUCAACCAACUGGAGAAGGUGGAUGGGAUCCUGUGCUUAGCAGAUAUCCUGACGGACGAGAACAAUGCAGAGGCAGCGCGAGCGGAGGCAGCUGCCGUGGUGGCCCAGAUCACUUCCCCCCAUCACACCUUCACCCAGCAUCUGAGCAGCUUCCUGGAGAACAUGCAGGACAUCGUCACGGCCCUCAUCAAGCUGUGCCGGGAUGCCUCCUCCGGUGAGGCCUUCCUCCUGGCCUCUGCAGCCUUGGCCAACAUCACUUUCUUUGACACAAUGGCGUGCGAGAUUCUCCUGCAGCUCGACGCCAUACACAUCUUGUUCGAGGCCUGCCGGGACCGCCGUAGAGUGGACACACCUUACUCCAAGGACCAGGUCGUCACCAUAUUGGCAAACCUCUCUGUCCUGGAGCAGUCAGCUGCAGAGGUCCUCCAGGAAAAGGGGAUCGAGCGACUGCUCCUGCUGCUGGCCGAGAAGCCUUCCUCGUCUAGCUCGUCGGAGUGCGCUGCGUGUGAGCGGGUGCAGCAGAAGGCCGCGGUCACGCUGGCGCGUCUCAGCCGGGACCCCGACGUGGCCCAGGAAGCCAUCGGGCUACAGGCGAUUCCCCGCCUCAUAGAGCUGUGCCGCUCACCAGCCGAGAGGAACAGCAGCGACUCCGUGCUUGUGGCCUGUCUGGCGGCUCUGCGCAGACUGGCAGCCAUGUGCCCGAACAGCGUCGAUGAGGCCGACCACGAACAGCUCAUCAAACCCCGGCUGGUGGACUCCUUUCUACUGUGCUCCAACAUGGAGGAGAGCUUUGUGUAGAGUCCCGCUCCGCAGUCGAGAGGGGUGGGAUGGGGUGGAGUGUAAGUUGGCUGGCCAUGAAACGAUACGCGAAAACUCAUUGCUUUACAAAGUUCAUAUGCCAUUAUUGAUUAAAAAAAUACAUGUUUGCCAAUAAAUAGGCAAAAAUUUACAUUCCGCAGCAUAUUUCUCACUACAGUUGCA